CAGGAGCCCAGCUCACGGGAGGCGCAGUUGAGAUGCGGAAGGUGCCUGUUCCUGCUCACCGUUACAGUCCUCUGAAAGAAAACUGGAUGAAGAUUUUCACCCCCAUCGUGGAACAUCUGCAGCUCCAAGUGCGAUUCAAUCUCAAAACCAGGAACGUGGAGAUUAAAACGUGCAGAGAAACAUCAGACAUCGGUGCUCUGACCAGAGCUGCUGACUUUGUGAAGGCGUUUGUUUUAGGCUUUCAGGUGGAGGAUGCUCUGGCUCUGAUCAGAUUAGAUGAACUGUUUCUGGAAACGUUUGAGGUCACGGACGUUAAACCUCUGAAAGGAGAUCACUUAUCCAGAGCCAUCGGCAGGAUAGCAGGGAAAGGAGGAAAAACCAAGUUCACCAUUGAGAACGUGACCAAAACCAGGAUUGUGCUCGCAGACACGAAGGUUCAUAUUUUGGGAUCUUUCCAGAAUAUCAAAAUGGCACGAACGGCAAUCUGCAACCUCAUUCUCGGAAGUCCUCCAUCAAAGGUGUAUGGCAACAUUCGGGCGGUGGCGAGCCGCGCAGCCGAGAGGUUUUAACACGCAGCUGAAGGACUAAUGCAGAAAUAAUGAUUUACAUUUUUAGUGCCAUAUUGGCUUGUAUAUGUGUAUGAAUGAUAUGGUGACUGAUGUGAGCACCGGUGGAUUCCUCAAGCAGUGGAGCUUCAGAUAAUAAACACUUCAUUAAUGGAAAUCAGACGCGUGUGGAGUCAAUAAAUCAUGUCAAGUUUUACAUGUUUAUUGUUUCUUACAGAAUCAAGUAGUCCAUAUAUCCCAUAAUAGUUGAUUUGAUGCAGCAUGCAGAAUAGACAUCCCAUAACUGACAAGCUUCAUGUGCCUUCAUAUGCGUGAGACACUAUUUUAUUCACCAAAAGCUGCA